AACUUCUCUUUUUUGUCGCCAUUUUGAUAAGAUAGUGUGCCUGGAUCGACCACUUUGACUCCGGUAUUAUGAUGUGGUAUUUGAAAUAAAUUAAAAGGAUAACGUGUCAAGCCAGUUAAGCGUCAAGCUUUUACUUCACUAUCCGCAUUCUUCCUACUGUCGGUGGUCGGGAAAAGGAAGUGACGUACAUCCGGUGUAAUGGCGGCGCGGUGGAGCUCUAGGUGAUAUUUGCAGACAGAAAAAGUAAACUGUCAAAGAAUUCAGAGCAUUGAGUACUUGUUAUUUGGACCAGUUGGAGGAGUCUUUGAUUUAUUGGACCAACCUGCAACAGAAAUGAAAAGUAGUGUGGCACAGAUAAAACCUUCUGGUCAUGACAGAAGGGAAAACCUUAAUUCGUAUCAGAGGAACUCCUCCCCAGAAGACAGAUAUGCAGAACAAGAAAGAUCCCCCCGGGAUAGAGAUCACUUUGAUUACAGCAGAUCAGACUAUGAGCAUUCAAGAAGAGGACAUUCUUAUGAUAGUAGCAUGGAGUCACGAAGCAGGGACCGAGAAAAACGCAGAGAAAGAGAAAGAGAUAUGGAUCGGAAAAGGUCCCGGAAAUCCCCAUCUCCUGGGAGGAAAAACCCAGAAACAUCAAUAACUCAGAGUUCCUCUGCUCAGGAUGAACCUGCUACAAAGAAAAAGAAAGAUGAGCUGGAUCCUCUUCUUACUCGCACUGGUGGAGCAUAUAUUCCUCCUGCAAAGCUCAGGAUGAUGCAAGAGCAAAUUACAGAUAAAAACAGCUUAGCAUAUCAGAGGAUGAGUUGGGAAGCCCUAAAGAAGUCAAUUAAUGGCCUUAUCAACAAAGUCAACAUUUCCAAUAUAAGUAUUAUAAUUCAAGAGCUUCUUCAAGAAAAUAUAGUUAGAGGAAGAGGACUGCUGUCCAGGUCUGUUUUGCAAGCACAGAGUGCGUCUCCAAUCUUCACCCAUGUUUAUGCAGCAUUAGUGGCAAUUAUCAACUCAAAAUUUCCACAAAUUGGAGAAUUGAUCCUCAAGAGGUUAAUUCUUAAUUUUCGAAAAGGCUACCGAAGAAAUGAUAAGCAACUUUGUCUGACUGCUUCAAAAUUUGUGGCACAUCUUAUUAACCAAAAUGUGGCACAUGAAGUUUUGUGCUUAGAGAUGCUCACUUUGCUCCUGGAAAGACCAACAGAUGAUAGUGUUGAAGUAGCUAUUGGUUUUCUCAAGGAAUGUGGCCUCAAAUUAACACAAGUGUCACCAAGAGGAAUCAAUGCUAUAUUUGAACGCCUUCGAAACAUUCUGCAUGAGUCUGAAAUUGACAAAAGAGUUCAAUAUAUGAUUGAAGUGAUGUUUGCUGUACGGAAAGAUGGAUUCAAGGACCACCCCAUUAUCCUAGAAGGUCUUGAUUUGGUGGAAGAAGAUGAUCAGUUCACCCAUAUGCUCCCUUUGGAGGAUGACUAUAAUCCGGAAGAUGUUCUUAAUGUUUUCAAGAUGGAUCCUAAUUUUAUGGAGAAUGAAGAGAAGUACAAAGCUAUUAAGAAAGAAAUUCUUGAUGAGGGAGACAGUGACUCAAAUACAGACCAAGAUGCUGGGAGCAGUGAAGAGGAAGAGGAAGAAGAAGAGGAAGAGGGAGAAGAAGAUGAAGAAGGACAAAAAGUGACUAUUCAUGACAAAACGGAAAUUAAUCUGGUCUCAUUUCGUCGUACAAUUUAUCUUGCUAUUCAGUCAAGUUUAGAUUUUGAAGAAUGUGCUCACAAAUUGCUGAAAAUGGAGUUUCCUGAAAGCCAAACAAAAGAACUCUGCAACAUGAUACUUGAUUGCUGUGCCCAGCAGAGGACGUAUGAAAAAUUUUUUGGCUUAUUAGCUGGGCGAUUUUGCAUGCUAAAAAAAGAGUACAUGGAAUCCUUUGAGAGUAUAUUCAAAGAACAGUAUGAUACCAUCCAUCGCUUGGAAACAAACAAAUUGAGAAAUGUUGCUAAGAUGUUUGCUCACCUUUUAUACACUGAUUCACUUCCAUGGAGUGUUCUUGAAUGUAUAAAACUGAGUGAAGAAACUACUACAUCAUCCAGUAGAAUUUUUGUGAAAAUAUUUUUUCAGGAACUGUGUGAAUACAUGGGUCUUCCUAAACUUAAUGCAAGAUUAAAGGAUGAAACCCUGCAGCCAUUCUUUGAAGGUUUAUUACCCCGAGAUAAUCCAAGAAACACUCGAUUUGCCAUCAACUUCUUUACUUCUAUAGGUCUUGGAGGUUUAACGGAUGAACUACGUGAGCAUCUCAAAAAUACACCAAAGGUCAUUGUGGCACAGAAACCAGAUGUUGAGCAAAAUAAAUCCUCCCCAUCCUCUUCCUCUUCAGCGUCCUCCUCUUCAGAGUCUGACUCCUCUGACUCCGAUUCUGACAGCAGUGGUAGCAGUUCGGAAUCUUCCAGUGAAGAGAGUGAUUCUUCGUCUACCGGUAGUCAUAGCUCUGCCUCAGCUAAUGGUGUAAGAAAGAAGGGACAUGGGAAGACCAGAAGUAAAGAAAUAGAUAAAUUGAUCAGAAACCAGCAAACAAAUGAUAGGAAACACAAAGAAAGAAGACAAGAACAAAGGCACCAGGAAACAAGGACUGAGAGAGAAAGAAGAUCAGAAAAACACAAAGAUCAAAAUUCAAGAGAUUCAAAUUGGAGAGAUCCUGUAACAAAGUACACAUCAGACAAAGGUGUUCCUUCUGAACGAAAUAACUACAAUAGAGUUGUGAAUGAUAUAUACCAAGAAAUGGAUAUAGAUUUGGAAAAUAAGCAUGGUGAUCCCAAAAAGAAGAGAGGAGACAGAAGAAAUUCUUUUUCGGAAAAUGAGAAGCAUAGACACCGAAAUAAGGAUGGUGACAAUUUUAGAAGAAAAGAUCGAUCAAAGUCAAGGGAAACGAAUAGAAAACACUCUGGCUCAAGAAGUGAUGAAGAUAGAUACCAGAAUGGUGCCGAGAGGCGAUGGGAAAAAUCUAGCAGAUACUCUGAACAAUCCAGAGAAUCAAAGAAAAAUCAGGACCGGCGGAGAGAAAAGUCUCCAACAAAACAAAAAUAAUUCUACAAAAUGGCAUAAACUGGACAUGCCUUAUAUUCAGUUGAAGCAUAUUAUUUUUUACUUUGAUCAACAAACUUUAUAGAGAAUUCUUGUAUAAAGUAAUGGUUUGUAUUUGUAAUUUUUAAAAAUGUUUUCAUGUUUUAUAAUUGAUACAUCUCAAGGCCCUACACAUAAAAUUGAGAAGAUUCACCAGAAAUGGAUGUAAGUCUCACUUAUAUUUUAUGAAUAAAAUUAUCAAAUUGC